AUGGAGCAGCUGGCCACGGCUGGCGUCCAGCGAAGGCACGAUGCCAAGAGCGCAGCCCUCAACGGCGACGCUGCUGCUCCAUUCGAUUCUCUCCAGACUCCAGGGCCCAGCCUAGCCUGCCACCAGCAACGGUUUUGCUCGUCCGCGAUGCUCCCGAUGCAGAUCCACGCUCUGGCACCAGGCCAGGGUGUGGUGGGUGCGACCUGCUACGCGCUGGGUUUCAUGUACGGCCGCCUGAGCCCCCAGAUCGCGGCGGCUCUCCCGAAAUCCCUGUACCACCCAAUCAUGCUACCCGCCAAGCCCAACAUGGGACGACGACGCAGACGAGCAGCCCCGUUCUGCUGUAUGGGUAGCAGUCUUGUUUGA